UGACGUCAAAAUGGGAAAUCGAAACUGACAUGGAUUUCCAGAGUAAUGUUUAACACCUGAACGUAACGCACAAUAUCUGAAAAAAGUGCGGUAUUAAAGCAGCACUGACAAACAAGACCUUCUUAUCGUCCUGAAGAAAAGCCACAGAACCCAGGGUCGCGUUUGUAUCGUACGAUUAAAGCAAGUGUAUUGAUGGUUUGGUGUGUAUAGUCUGAUUGCAUCAUGGCCCAACCAAAACCACUCUUCAUACCCUGGUUGACUGAACAAAUCCAGAGUGGACGUUAUCCCGGAGUGUGUUGGAUCAAUAAAGAACAAAGACAGUUCAGCAUUCCAUGGAAGCACGCUUCAAGACAGGACUCCAACAGUGAUGAUGUCCUCAUAUUCAAAGCCUGGGCUCAGACGAGCGUCGGUGGAGAUGGCAGGAUCAACGGAGAUCCCUCUGUUUGGAAGAGAAACUUCCGUAGCGCUCUUCGUGUUAAAGGCUUCAAGGUUAUAUAUGAUGACAAGAACGAUGGCGCUAAUCCACAUAAAGUCUAUCAGUUUCCAUUUGAACCUCAUUCUGCAGCUUCAGGAUCCGAGGGCUCUCAAGAGACUGAUUUUUCACAAGAACAGGGUGCUGAGGAGAGCGACGUGUCCCCUACACAUCCACCUCAAGGUUUGGAGCAAGAUUUCACGGGACUAAACCUUCUGGACAGUUCCUCACAAGUUCAUGAAGUCUGGAAUCCAGAUCAGAUGUAUAUGGGGCUUGAAGAUCAAAUACUCUUUCAGGAACCCAACCCAUGUCCCGAAUCCCAAUAUAAUGAGUUCCAUUACCAAAUAUUGGACACUCGUGAACCAUUUCCUUUAGCUGAGGGGGCAGUCGGUGGUUUGGGGCAGAUUCCGGCGUCUGAGGGGGCGACGGCUGCGGGUCAUCAUCCCCCAGAAUAUCAACCAGUCGGUGAAGGAGAGGGUCAUCAGGCGACCGUUCCUGUGGUAUCACUGGACACUUUUUUUCAGAUUAAGGUUUUUUACAAAGGGAAGAUGGUGAAAGAAGAGUUGGUGGAGAAUGUUGCUGGUUUCAGACUGAUGUAUCAGGGAAACAUGGACGAAUCCAUGGGCAGUGCUGAUCUUCCAGUGGUCACACUUCCUGUUCCUGAAGGUAUUCUGGAUCAGAUCCAGGCCAAGCAUACGAACGACAUUCUGAAUAAUCUGGGUGGUCUGGAGAUCAGGAAAUUGGACGCCGUGGUCUGUGGUCACCGUUGGGGAUCAAGCAGGAUCUAUUGGGGUAUAAGCAAACAUGAAAAUAGCCAAACACCCAGAGAGCUCGCCAAAAACACACCUGAAGCCGUCUACUACUUCAAAGAUUACAUAUCACGUUUGAAGGCCUUUAUGCAGACAAACAGUGAAUCUCCUUCUUACGCUCUGUACUUCUUUCUGGGAGAGAAGUGGCCCGACCCCAAAAUGAAGCCGUGGGAGAAGAAACUCAUCAUGAUUGAGGUUAUUCUGACUUCACUGGAGCAUUUGAAUAUGAUUGCUGUUGCAAACGGGGCGUCUUCUCUGCAGUCGGUGGAGCUCCAGCUCUCUCUGGAGCAAAUGAUGGAGCUGUGUUAGAAAGAUCUCCUAUGACUGAGCAGAAAGACUUGACUGCACACAUAUUAGCACUCCUAAAUUAAAAUGAUUUCUUAAAGGGGUCAUAUGAUGCAAUAUAUUUCACUUUGGAGUGUUACAAGCUCUUGGUGCAUGAAGACGAUCUGUAAAGUUGCAAAGGCUAAAUCUAAAAUCCAAAGAGAUAUUCUUUAUCAAAGUUAAGACUCUGCCACGCCCCCCUUAAACGGCUCAUUCAAACACGCCCCCACAUAUCUACAUCACUAUGUGGAAAUAUUUGUGUAAUACCGCCCAAAUGUUCACACAAAGAAAGACGGCGUGGUUUCAGUAACACAGUUAGUGUUGAAGCAGUCAUGUCAGGGAGAUGUGUGUAUAAUUGUGUGUGUACUAAUAUUGCAGAGCAGAAUUUCAGUAAUGGUACAAAGGAAUUGUAUGAUUUGAUGGAUAAAAAUACCAAUCUGAGUUUACAAGUAGUGCUGUAUUUUAAAUGGAUGGGUUUCAUAGUUGUGUGCUAUCAUGAAAGAACAAGACAAACGUUUAAUAAUGCUAAAAUCUAAGUCUAAUGUUUUUGGAGUCUGUUUUUGCACUAGUCGGUUUUCUGUCUUAUUACUGUAUUUCUUCAGUCUUUUCCUGGACUGAAUUCAUUGUUGUUAUAUCUUUGACAUUAAUCUGAACUGAAUGUGAGCUGUUGUUCCACUGACGUGCCUUUUUUCUUCCUCUUUUUCAGCUGAUAUGAACUAAGAGGUUUGCACUUAGUAUAAUGUUUUCCAGUGAUGUAAAACCGGGGAAUUUCAGGGAUGUUUGUGUGUUUUCCAGGCCUGGAAAAGCAUGCAAGUUAAUACAGUGUUCCCACGGGUCCUUGAAAUCCUUGAAAGUUUGUCAGUCUUAAAAAAAAUGAUAAUAAUUUCAAGGCACUGGAAUUU